AUGUACACUACCGACACACGUGCAAGGUAUACAUUCGUCUCUUUGCAAAGUACCGCCACGGAUUACGCCGAGACAGCGAACUGUAAGCAGCGACGGGAUCGUCGUGGAAGUCAGACAACUGAUCGUUGCGACGUGCAUCCGGCUGUUGCACAACUGUACCUGCGUACGAUUGCGUCGUUGGACGGUGUACCACGUCGAGCGUAUAGUGAUACAGCGGUGGAAAAGAAAUCGAGUAGGAAGACGAACAAGAUGGGCGUACAAGCGAACGUGAUACGCGCAACAAGGUCGGUGAUGUCGGAAAAGUUGACGACGACGUUGGACCUGACAGCGAGCUUUGAGGAAUCGCAAUCGCAGACGUUGCCGGCGCUCAGCAGCACGGACGAGAGCGAAGUGUCGUCGUCCACGUCGUCGAUCUCGAGCAAAGCGUUGACGAGCAGUCAGAUGCGUGCGCUGCUCGCGUCAUGCAUGUCGUCCAUGUACCGCUGUGAAGUACCGCUCUACGGCGAACUCGUCUCGAUCAUCUCGAGCGUCAACUCGGACGUGAUUCGCGCCGCCGCGAACACGAUCAGCGACGACGAAAUCUCGAGGCUGUACGUCGAGCGUCACGGCGCGAUCCGCGUCGGCACCGCCCAAGAGCUUUCGCUGCUAGCAAGGAUCUUCAAAGUAUUUGGAAUGCAUCCCGUGGGCUACUACGACCUAAUGCGCGAUGCCAAACUACCCAUCCAUGCAACCGCAUUUCGACCGGUGGGAAGAGAGAACCUGGUCAAGAACCCCUUCCGGAUCUUCUGCAGUCUGCUUCGACUGGACUGCAUUGCGGAUGACGAGACGAGAAUGUUGGCCAAGCAGCUACUGGAAAACAGGCAAAUUGUUUCAGAACGAUGCAUCGAGUUGCUCGUCAAAGCCGAAAUGGAUCUGCAGACGUGCAAGGAUUAUCAAGACGACAGCAAGGUCAGUGGUCUGACGCGCGACGAAGCGUUGGAGUUUGUCGAGCGCGUGGUGGAUAUUUUCGCGUGGCACAAGGACACGCCCGUGUCACUGGAGCAGUACAACUUGCUGGCUGAAACGCACGCGCUUGUUGCCGACAUAGUCAGCUUCCGCGGUCCUCACAUCAACCACUUGACGCCACGAACGCUGGACAUUGACCAGGUGCAGCGCACCAUGCUCGCUCGUGGCAUUGAUGCCAAGGACGUCAUCGAGGGUCCACCUAGGAGGGAGAACGAGGUGUACUUGAGGCAGACAAGUUUCCACGCACUCUCGGAAAGCGUCGAGUUUCUAGGUGGCAACACGGGCACGGUGGAAGGCAGGCACAAGGCGAGGUUCGGAGAGAUCGAGGCGAGAGGUCAAGCUCUCACGCGCAAAGGCGCUCAGCUGUACGAUGCGCUGAUGCAACAAGUGGCGUGCAGGAAGAGAGAGGUGGAGCAGAAGAGUGGAGCAAAGAUGGAAAAGGAGGAAUGCGUUCAGAUUAUGCAACACGUCUUCCAGGAUGGGUUUCCGGAUAGCAAAGAUGAACUGCUGCGACAAGGGUUGGGCUACUUUACGUUCAGCAUCAACGACGGUCAGCUGGCCAAGAACAUGUGGGAGCGCCAAAGUCAAGCCUCUGCUUCUUGUGACUUGCUAGCCGAUAUGGUCAAGAGUGGAGCAUUGCAUGCAGAGCCUAUCACGUACGAGGACUUUUUGCCCGCUUCGGCAGCGGGUAUCUUUCAAAGCAAUCUUCCCCAAGCCACCGCGUCGCUACCUCUGGACCCGCGAUUGCAGAUGGAAGCUUGGGAGGCGAGAGCUACGCUACAAGCCGCGGUGGGCGGAACCAUCUUGGACUACUUUGCUCUCUACACCGAACAGCAGAGCCAGAGUCUUAUCGAGGUGGGCACCGUCUUAGGCACCGAUAUGGGAGAGAUAGUGCGCGAGAUAGCAACGCGCCAGGACGCGUAA